AUGGGGCCAGCCUGGAGAGUGCUGCUCCUGGGUCUUCUCUCACCCCUGAGCCAUGGGGUCUCCUGGGCAGCAGAUAAUGGCUUUAUGGUGAUUGCUGGGCCUUUACAGAGCAAUGCAAUGGGUCCUCCUAAUGAGGUGAGGCCAGAGGACAUGUCUGGGUGUCAUGAGGAGGCUCUACGUGACAUGGAAAACCUGAUACCGGUUCUACAGAAGUAUGGGGUCACCCACUACAAGGUACAACUAGACUGGACCUCUCUGUCCCUUAUGGACUGGGAUGAGAGACAAGUGUUCUGCUAUAGGACCCUUCUCCAGAUCUUGGCCACAGCCAACAUUAAGUCCAUCCUGGUCCUAGAAGGAAGAGGCCUCCAGGAACUUUCUACAAUCAGGACCAGGACUGGAGAGGACCCAGCUGACUCCUUUGUGGAAUACGCUGACUUUGCCUUCCGUUCAUUUGGAGACCUGGUCCAUACCUGGAUUUCCUUCAGCGUUCAUACAGAUGGUGGGACAGAUCCACAGUCCCUGCAGGCUCUGCUAGAUGUGCAUGAGAAGGUCUAUGCUUUAUACCACGAGACAUACUCUACAGGAGGUGGGAAGAUAUCUAUGGCCCUGGAGCCGGCCCUCUUGGAAACCUGUUUAUUACUACGAGGACGUUUCCUGGAAGCGGUAGAUUUCCUGGCACUGAACAUGGACUACAACUGCCAGAAUGCCCAGCAGCCGCAGAUGUGGAGGACACGUCAGGUAGAUGGUGUAGACGUAGUGGCCACAGCUGAGAGCCUGGAGAAGAAUCUGGAGACCCUGAUAUUCAGCCUCUCACUGACUGACUGCAACGUGCUCUCCGAGGACAGGAGACACCUGCUGGCGGGUAACCUAACUGCAGGGUUUGCCGCCACGUUUGCCGCAUUCUCCGGAUAUGACCUCAGCUAUUUCUUACCGGCAUCUCCUGGAGGAAGAGGAAGCUCAGAGAGACCACUGGCAUCAUCCUCUCGCACUGCCUACACCACAGUUUGGGAAAGAUUUGCCGGUCAGACCCCAGCAGAGAGAGAUUCCGUCUUACAGGACUUAUUCCCCAAUGGCUUCCUGUGGGGCUCAUCCUCUGCAGCUUUCAGAGUAGAAGGAGGCUGGGCUGAGGGGGGAAAAGGAGAAUCUAUAUGGGACAUAUAUGGACAGCGAGGACACAGUGAUAACAACGCAACAGCAAACGUGGCCUGUGACAGCUACCACAAGACGGACUAUGACGUGUAUCUCCUGAAGGCUUCGCAGUCCAAUAUCUAUCACUUCUCCAUCUCCUGGUCCAGGAUAUUCCCGACAGGGCAGAAGUCCACAAUCAGCUCGGCCGGUGUGAGAUACUACAACACCCUAAUUAACAGACUGCUGGAAGAAAAUAUUACACCAAUGGUGACUUUGUACCACUGGGACUUACCUCAAGCCUUGCAGGAGAUCGGGGGUUGGCAGAACGAGAGCAUCACGGACGCAUUUGCCGAAUAUGCGGACUUCUGCUUUAGCAAGUUUGGAGAUCGGGUGAAACAUUGGAUAACGUUCCAUGAGCCCUGGGUCGUUAGCUAUGCCGGUUACGGCACCGGGGAACAUGCACCUGGGAUUAAAGAUCCAGGAGAUGCCUCAUUCAAGGUGUCUCACAACAUAGUAAAAGCACAUGCUAAGGCCUGGCAUGUGUACCAUGACCAGCACCGACCACUACAGCGAGGUCAGCUGGGAAUCUCCCUGAAUUCCGACUGGGCAGAGCCAAAGACCCCGACUAAUCCAGAGGAUGUGAGUGCGGCAGAGAGGUACUUGCACUUCAUGCUGGGCUGGUUUGCCCAUCCCAUUCUGGUCAGUGGGGACUACCCUGAGGUCCUUAAGGCACAAGUGCAGCAGAAACAUGAGCAGUGUCCCAGUACCGUGGCUCAGCUGCCCACAUUCACAGAGGCAGAGAAGUCCUAUAUCCGGGGCACAGCUGACUUCCUGGGCAUCUCCCACUAUACGUCCCGGCUGGUCAAUGCCUCUCUCAGCGACAGCUGUGCAGCUGAGUAUAAUGACAUCGGAGGGUUUUCCCCACACGUGGACCCUUCGUGGCCUCUCACCUCCUCUCCAUGGAUCUCUGUGGUCCCAUGGGGUCUCAGGAGGCUUCUGAACUUCAUAAAGGAGGAGUACGUGAAAGAGAAUGUUCCAAUAUACAUAACAGGCAAUGGGAUGGCAACACCCUACACCGGAGAGGUGUUCAAUGACACAGCGCGUGUGAAGUAUCUGACUGCCUACAUCAACGAGGCCCUGAAAGCUGUUAGGAGUGACAAUGUAUCUGUAAGCUCAUAUAUAGUCCGGUCCCUUCUGGACGGCUAUGAGGGACCUGACGGAUAUAGCCAGAGAUUCGGUUUACAUUACGUAAACUUUGAAGAUGCGAACAGACCAAGGACUCCAAAAAAAUCAGCCUAUUUGUUUUCCAGCAUUGUGGAAAAUAAUGGUUUCCCAAGGACCUCAUGGACCAGGACAGCUACAAAUGCAAGAAGGUCACAUUCAAAGAAGUUACCAACUCUGCCGGCGUCUGAUGUCCCCUCAAAGGCCAAAGUAAUAUGGGAAAGGUUUUCUGGGCAAACAUACUUUGAAAGAGACAUGUACCAUUAUUCCACAGUCUCAGAUGUUUUCCAAUGGGGGGUCUCCACCUCUGCUUAUCAGGUUGAAGGGGGAUGGAACAUAGAUGGAAGAGGGCCUAGUAUUUGGGACACAUUUUCACAUGUCCCAGGAAAUAUCUAUGAAAAUCACAAUGGGGACAUAGCUUGUGAUAGUUAUCACCAACUGGAUGCUGACCUGUACAUGCUGAGAGGCCUAGGAGUUAACAGCUACCGAUUCUCCAUCUCGUGGUCUAGAAUCUUCCCAACCGGACAAGGUGCAGUCAAUGAUAAGGGUGUUGAGUAUUAUAAUAGACUUAUUGAUGGCCUACUGGCAAACAACAUCUCUCCAAUGGUCACCCUUUACCACUUUGAUCUUCCCCAAGCUCUGCAAGACUUGGGUGGUUGGGAAAAGGAAGUAGUACUUGAUGCAUUCCAUAACUAUGCAGACUUUUGUUUUAAAACAUUUGGAGAUAGGGUCAAGUUUUGGAUGACAUUUCACCAACCCCAUACUAUUGUAACUGCUAGUUAUGGGAUUGGUCGGUAUCCGCCUGGAGUGAAGGAUGACCCGGGUUCAGCUCCGUACAGAGUUGCUCACAAUCUUCUGAAAGUCCAUGCCAGGGUCUAUCAUACAUAUGAUGAGACUUACCGAGGAAGCCAGGGAGGUGUAAUCUCUGUUAGCCUAAACACAAACUGGGUGGAGCCCAAAGACCCCACGGAACCCAGAGACAUAGAAGCUGCGGACCGAUACUUGCAGUUUACACUGGGGUGGUUUGCACACCCGAUUUUCAAAAAUGGGGACUAUCCAGAGGCCAUGAAAUGGCAGGUGGCCAAUAAAAGUGAGCUUCAGGGUCUCAAGUCUUCCAGGCUUCCAGCAUUUACAGAUGAAGAAAAGGCCUACAUCCAGGGAACAGCUGAUGUCUUCUCAAUCAACAUUUACACCACAAAAAUAGUUCAGCACAAACCUAUGAGGCUAAGUCCUCCAUCAUUCGAAGCCGAUAUUGAUAUUGCAGAAGAGUUUCAUGGAGACUGGCCACAAACAGCAGCCGAAAGCCAAAGGGCAGUAUCUUGGGGGCUCAGGAGGCUGCUUAACUGGGUGAAAGAAGAAUAUGGACAUGUUGAAGUCUACAUCACUGAGAAUGGAGUUCCAAUGGGCCCUAACACUGAUUUUGAUGACACCGCCCGAGUAUUCUAUCACAAGACGUAUAUUGAUGAAGCCUUGAAAGCUUACAGUCUAGACGGGGUAAAUCUAAGAGGAUACAACGUCUGGGCCCUCAUGGACACAUUUGAAUGGGACCAAGGUCACCGAUUCAGGUUUGGGCUGCACCAUGUGGAUUUCAAUGAUCCUAACCGUCCUAGGACUGCGAAGCGGACAGCUAUCUAUUACGCGGAAGUUAUACGCAACAAUGGGAUCACGCUACAGGAGGAAGAGGAGUUUCUAUACGGUGAAUUCCCGGAUGACUUUGUAUGGAGCGUGUCCUCAUCUGCGUAUCAGAUUGAGGGCGCUUGGAGGGCAGACGGGAAAGGACUCAGCAUCUGGGAUCAGUUCACACAUACACCAUCCAAAAUCAAUGAUGACAGCAAUGGAGAUGUGGCAUGUAACAGCUACUACCGGUUUGAGGAAGAUAUAGAGAUCAUCAAGAGUCUCAAGGUUUCAAGCUACCGGUUCUCCAUCUCUUGGUCUCGUGUUCUCCCAGAUGGGACACGAAACUACGUGAAUGAACCCGGCCUCAAUUACUACAUCCGUCUGAUUGAUGGUCUGCUGGCUGCUGGUAUUACACCACAGGUGACUCUUUACCACUGGGAUCUACCACAAGCUCUGCAGGAACUCGGUGGAUGGGAGAAUGAGAGCAUUGUGGAAUGGUUUAAGGACUACGCUGAUGUUCUCUUCCAGAGAUUGGGAGACAAAGUGAAGUUCUGGAUCACGCUCAAUGAGUCCUACCUCGUUGCCUAUCUUGGGUAUGGAAUAGGCGUCUUUGCACCAGGACUAUAUUCACCAGGCGUAGGUGUUUAUGUGGCUGCACAUAAUCUGAUCAAGGCUCAUGCUGAAGUAUGGCAUCUGUACAAUGAUAAAUAUCGAGCGACACAGGGAGGACUUGUCUCCAUCACAAUAAACUCUGAUUGGGGUGAACCCAUCAAUCCAUACAAACAAGAGGAUGUAGAUGCAACAUGGACAUAUACAAUGUUUUUCACCGGCUGGUUUACACACCCUAUAUUCAAAACCGGGGACUACCCUGAGAUCAUGAAGAGCAGAGUGCGCGAGAGGAGCCUGGCGGCGGGGCUGCCCGAAAGCCGACUCCCAGAGUUCACGGAAAGUGAGAAGCUGAGGAUUAAAGGGACAUAUGACUUCUUUGGCCUCAAUCACUAUACCUCUGUAUUAGUUGGAUACGCCGACUACUCAUUAGAUUACCAAGCAUAUGAAGGAGACAGGGGGGUCUAUACACUCAAUGACCGAUCCUGGCUCGGAUCUGGCAGCUCCUGGCUAAAAGUUACCCCGUUUGCCUUGCGCAGAUUAUUAAACUGGAUAAAGGAUGAAUUUAACAACCCCCCUAUUUACAUAACGGAGAACGGUAUAUCCGAACGUGGCACAAACCUGAAGGACAUAUGGAGAGAACAUUACUACAAACAUUAUAUCAACGAGGCCCUAAAAGCUAUAAUUUAUGAUGGUGUGGACCUCCGGGGGUAUACCGCAUGGUCUCUGAUGGAUAACUUUGAGUGGGCAGAAGGAUACAAGGAAAGGUUCGGAUUUUACUAUGUGAAUUACUCUGACUCAGCUCUGCCUCGUACCCCUAAAGAUUCCGCCAAGUACUACAGGACUGUUGUCCAAUGCAAUGGAUUCCCAAACCCGCAUAAUGUGUCUCACCCCUGCCUGGAUCUGGAGCCGGAAGGUGAUACUCAUCCAUACCCCACUCUGCUCUACUCCCAGCCUACUCCCAGUCAUCCAUACCCCACUCUGCUCUACUCCCAGCCAUCCAUACUCCACUCUACCAGCAGCGGCCACACGGGACCCUCAGAGGAUCUGAGAUCUGACACCGUUCUCUUCCUGGGACUGAACGUCUCUACAUCCGACGCAGCCAUCGCGCUAUAUGUGGAAUUUGCGCUCUUACUUGCGGCUGUUUUGGGCAUCAUCUUUUUUUCCGUUAUGUACAGUAAAUUGCGCAAGAAAUAG